AUGGAAGAAGAAUUGGCUAUAGAGGAUCUACCGAGAUUGACUGGAACAGUGUCUCUGAAUAAUGGACUCUUGCAUUCAAUCUAUAAUGAAACCACUGUAUUCAAGAUACUCCGAUGGUCGUUGGUUGAGAUCCCUAAAUACAUUCUCAAGCUCAUGUCCAAAAACCUUGAGAUUAACUUGAACGUAUCGUCAAUCUUGAUAAUAACAUUGUUGAUAGCAGCCGGGAUCUUGGUCAUUGUGCGAUACAAGUUUCUCACCGGCUAUUCCGAGGAUAUUAAAAAAGGCGGCAGCAAUGCCAACACCAAGGCAUUGGGCCAACAAAGUACAAACUACCCCAAGUCGACAUCGUCUGGUCUCUUUGUUGAAAAGAGCAAGGACAAGAAGCCAAGCAACUACCUCGACGAGUUCCUCAUGGCAAUCAAGGUAUUUGGGUACUUGGACAAACAAGUUUUUCACGAAUUGACGAAAAGCAUGACGACACAGAAAUUGUCGCGCGACGAAGUCAUGUGUCUUGAUGAAAAGAUUGGAUUUCUGAUUGUGGUAGAGGGAACUGCUCAAGUGUAUACCAAGGUGACGAAAAAGAGUAAUCGAAACAAGUAUGAUGAACUCGGCCAAAAUGGAAGGGACGAGGGAGAAGAAGCUGAUGAAGAUGAUGAAGAAGAAGAAAAAGAAGUAGGAGAUGAUGGUGAUGAUGAAAUGGACGUAGAAGCAAUGAGAAAUAGAGGCAAUGGCACAAAGAAUGGGAAAAUGCAUGGGCUAGAUACUGACAAUUUUGAAGAGAAUGAUGAUUUUCUUAAACUCGGCGAGCAAAAUUACCAGUUGCUCAAUGAAGUGAAAAGCGGUGCUGCAUUGAGCUCGCUAAUAUCUACACUAGACUUGUUCAAGCCUCUCAAGUCGGAAUCGACACUGACACCACUUGACUCUAUGGGCAGUGGCGUGUCAUUAAACCUUGACUACUUGGACAGAGCUGGCGCUAGAUUAAAAGCUCUUGAGAAUGACAGCGAUGCCGAUACAAGAGACUCAACGUAUCCAGAUAUUAUAGUUCGACCAAAAAAGAAAAAGCACAGUGACACAAUCACCGUUGCCAUUAUCCCGCAGUCAGCUUUUGAAAGGGUGCAAAUGAAGUACCCCAAAUCCACGUCGCAUAUAGUGACCAUGGUAUUAACCAGAUUGUAUAAAGUAACAAUGACCACAAUCCACAACUAUCUUGGACUCACUGGUGAGAUCUUCAAGCUGGAAAUUGAAUUGAACAAGUCGUGUGAGUUGGGUUUACCAAGGUACUUGGUAGAUGGAUUGAUUGAAAGGUUGAGCCAAGGAGGCAGCAACGAGAGGAAACAACAGGCCAAACAUUUCCGAAGAAGUCCCCUCGAGAGGACGCAAUCGAGAUACGUGUUACUAAACUCACGUGUAAAGAGUAAUAAUCCCGGGGAUUUGCUUUCCUCUGUGCCGAUUUCUCGUGAUGAUCCUAAAUUAAGAGUCAACAAGUCAUCAGCACCUACGUUGGUUGAUGGAAGCAACAGAAUAAACUUUACAGAUAAUAUUGAAGAAACUGAGGAAAACUCGUUGAGGAUUGCCAUAAUUGAAAACAUUUUCAAAAUCGUGGGCAUUAAUGAAGCGCAAAACUUGCCACACGAACAAGCUCCGUUUAGAAGUUUGAAUUCCUCGGCAAAUAGUUCCUCUAUAGCUUUAAACAGUCCUGGAUACUUUUCACCAAACUUACCAGCUACAACUGGAAGACACCACAAUGUGCUCAAGUUUAGUUCCAAUGACUCGUUGAUGAACACAAUUAGUCUUUCACAGCUAAAGUCGCAAAAAACACACUCUAUAAGCCGGGGAUCAACAACCCAGAAACAACUAUACAAAAGAAGGAACCCAAUAACCGAGAUGAAUAUCAAGGAUGCAUUUGCAAAAGUGAUGGAACUCAAGUACAUUGAACCAAACACCACGGUGGUGCAGCAAAACUCGGUAUUUUGCGGUCUCUAUUAUGUCAUUAACGGUUCUUUAGAGGUUCACUAUAAGCAAGCCGAGACUUAUUCGAAAUCGGCAACUUCAAAACACGUGUACACGGUUGGUGCUGGAGGAAUUGCAGGCUACAUGUCGUGCGUUGUGGGAUUUCGUUCUUUGGUUUCGAUAAAGACGCCUAAAAAGACAGGAGCAGUUGUUGCCUAUAUUGCCAAAAAUGAUUAUAAUCAGUUGCUUGAUAAAUUCUAUUUCUUGCAGCUCCCAAUGGCUACGAAGCUAAAGAGUUUGUUAUCAAAGCAGGUGAUGACUAUAGACUAUGCGCUAGAAUGGUGCCAUAUACCUGCAGGAAAUGUGCUUUGUUCGCAAGGUGAUUUGGCAAAUGGGUUUCAUGUUGUGUUGAGUGGUAGAUUCAGAGUAGUUCGUAAGGAAAAGAGAAAGGGCUCAAAUAGAGACGAAGUCAAGGUACUCGGCGAGUAUGGACAUGGUGAAUCCAUUGGUGAAGUUGAAGUGCUUACAGCCUCAAGACGGUCCAACUCACUAAUAGCAGUGAGAGACUCUGAGACGGCAAGGAUCCCAAGAACAUUGUUUGAGAUUCUUUCCUUUCAAAAUCCUUCAAUUAUGGUUAAAGUGUCUCGACUUGUAGCGUCAAAGGUGCUUUCUUCGGAAAAGACCUUGAGUCAAGCAACGCAUAGUUUCAUCACUUCCAGCAGCAAUGAGAGUUUCAUCUCGGCAGAUUACAAAACUAUUACAAUACUACCAACGGUUUCAGGAUUGCCAGUUCGUGAUUUUGCCGAUAAGCUAGUGCAUUCAUUAAAGGCUAUUGGCCGCAAUGUUAUAGCAUUGGAUCAAGCGCUGACUUUGACACAUUUAGGAAGGCAUGCUUUUGAUGAGAGUUUGGUGAGAUUGAAAUUGUCUGGGUACUUUGCAUACUUGGAAGAAGAAUACGAAACGGUGGUAUAUAUCUGUGAUACACCAGUGCAGUCAAACUGGACGUCAACAUGUAUCUCGCAAGGAGAUUGUGUAUUGUUGCUUGCUGAUGCUGACGAUCAAUAUACGGCAUCAUCAGUCGGCGAGUAUGAGCAGUUGUUGAUAAAGAUGAAAACCACAGCACGAACUGAUUUGUGCUUGAUCCAUCAAGAAAAAUUUGUUGUUUCUGGAUCCACAAGUCGUUGGUUGAAGAAUAGAAUGUGGGUGCAAGGCCAUCAUCACAUACAGAUGUACAUUGAACGUAAUAAUGAGACCAUUGGGCCUGGAAAAAAGUCGUUCAUCAAUGAGAUGGCUGCAAAGUUUGUGCAAAACAAAUCUUUGAUCUCCAAAUUUGAAGAGGCAAGAAGCAAAGCUUUGAGUUGGAGAAGAGAAGAGCAGCUGAAGGACUUGACCUUGGGGUCUCACAAGAGUGAUUUCUUGCGUUUAGCCAGAAUCCUCUCGAACGAAGCGGUAGGACUUGUGCUCGGCGGUGGAGGAUCAAGAGGAAUAUCCCACGUUGGUGUUGUGACGGCACUCGAGAGACACGGAAUACCGGUUGAUCUUAUUGGCGGUACAUCAAUAGGAUCAUUUGUUGGUGGUCUCUAUGCUAAGGACUACAAUAUUGUAUCUAUCUAUGGGCGAGCAAAGAAGUUCUCCAAGCGAGUAUCAUCAGUCUGGCGUAUGAUUUUUGACCUUACAUACCCCGUGACUUCGUACAUUACAGGAUACGAGUUUAAUAGAGGUAUCUGGAAAGUGUUUGGCUUUACCGAGAUUGAAGACUUUUGGAUCAAAUAUUUCUGCAACUCAACAAACAUUACAAAUUCAACGAUGGAUAUUCACGAGUCAGGAUACGCAUGGCGCUUUAUUCGUGCUUCAAUGUCUCUUGCGGGGUUGCUCCCACCCAUAGCCUUCAAAGGAUGUAUGCUUCUUGAUGGCGGAUAUUUGGACAAUCUACCAGUGAUGGAGAUGAAGCGUCGUGGUGCCAAGCAUAUCUUUGCAGUUGACGUUGGUUCAGUUGAUGACCGUACCCCAAUGGACUAUGGUGAUACCUUGAGUGGAUUUUGGGUCGUAUUCAACAAGUGGAAUCCAUUCUCGAAGCACCCCAAUGUUCCAAACAUGAUGGAUAUCCAGUUGCGUUUGGCAUAUGUCGCCAGUGUUAACGCCUUAGAAGAGGCGAAAAGGACGCCAGGUGUUUAUUACUUGCGUCCACCAAUUGAUAACUAUGCAACAUUGGACUUUGGGAAAUUCGAUGAGAUAUACCAAGUUGGAUUAGGGUAUGCGGACAAGUUGUUCACUGAAUGGGAGAAUAAGAAGCAAUUGCCGGAGAUUGCUGGAUUUGUGAAAAGGGAUGGCAUGCAAAAUGGUGGAGAGAGGAUCAAAAUGUACAGAAGAAACACAAUGUAG